AUGAGUAAGCUGCCGAACAUCAAGGGUCUUCCAGCCAGGGCGUACACCAUGAAGGCUCUCUUCCCGCAGAGGUUCGGUGCCAAGGCCACAGUCGGCCCAGGCCCCGCAGCCUACGCCCGUCCGUCCGAGUUUGGUACCCGCGAGGGGCCGGCGCUGAGGGGGCGCAAGGUUGAUCGUCCGGCUGCUGUCAACGCUCCAUACUACUCGGUCCCUACUACCAUCGGCAAGGCGCCUGCUGCAUCCAUCCGGUCUCGGCAUCGGGUCAAGGAGUCCGACUCAUCGCCUGGCCCCAAGUACAUGGUGGGGUCGUCGAUUGGCAAGAACAAGGACACCGCACCAUCUAUCCGUUCCCGCCACCCUGUCAAGUACGAGGACGGAUCACCCGGCCCGGCGUACAACAUCCCGUCGUCGAUUGGCAAGGCGCCUGCGGCUUCGAUCCGGUCCCGUCAUCGCCAAAAGGAAAGCGACUCGUCCCCCGGCCCCAAGUACAUGCUCGAGUCGUCGAUUGGCAAGAACAAGGACACCGCACCAUCUAUCAGGUCACGUCACCCUGUCAAGUACGACGACGGAUCACCUGGCCCGGCGUACAACAUCCGGUCGUCGAUUGGCGACGCCCCGGCAGCCUCGAUGCGGUCCCGUCAUCGCCAAAAGGAGUCCGACUCAUCGCCUGGCCCCAAGUACAUGGUGGAGUCGUCGAUUGGCAAAAAUAGGGACACCGCACCAUCUAUCCGUUCCCGUCACCCUGUCAAGUACGAGGACGGAUCGCCCGGCCCGGCGUACAACAUCCCGUCGUCGAUUGGCAAUGCGCCUGCGGCUUCGAUGCGGUCCCGUCAUCGCCAAAAGGUGAGUGACUCGUCCCCCGGCCCCAAGUACAUGGUGGAGUCCUCGAUUGGCAAGAACAAGGACACCGCACCGUCCAUCAGGUCACGUCACCCUGUCAAGUACGAGGACGGAUCACCCGGCCCGGCGUACAACAUCCCGUCGUCGAUUGGCGACGCCCCGGCAGCCUCGAUGCGGUCCCGUCAUCGCCAAAAGGAGAGUGACUCGUCCCCCGGCCCCAAGUACAUGGUGGAGUCCUCGAUUGGUAAGAACAAGGCGAAUGCACCAUCUAUCCGUUCCCGUCACCCUGUCAAGUACGAGGACGGAUCACCCGGCCCGGCGUACAACAUCCCGUCGUCGAUUGGCAAUGCGCCUGCGGCUUCGAUGCGGUCCCGUCAUCGCCAAAAGGAGAGUGACUCGUCCCCCGGCCCCAAGUACAUGGUGGAGUCCUCGAUUGGCAAGAACAAGGACACCGCACCGUCCAUCAGGUCACGUCACCCUGUCAAGUACGAGGACGGAUCGCCCGGCCCGGCGUACAACAUCCGGUCGUCGAUUGGCGACGCCCCGGCAGCCUCGAUGCGGUCCCGUCAUCGCCAAAAGGAGAGUGACUCGUCCCCCGGCCCCAAGUACAUGGUGGAGUCCUCGAUUGGCAAAAAUAGGGACACCGCACCGUCCAUCAGGUCACGUCACCCUGUCAAGUACGAGGACGGAUCACCCGGCCCGGCGUACAACAUCCCGUCAUCCAUCGGCAAUGCGCCCGCGGCUUCGAUCCGGUCCCGUCAUCGCCAAAAGGAGUCCGACUCAUCGCCCGGCCCCAAGUACAUGGUCGACUCGGACAUCGGCAAGAACAAGGCGAAUGCACCAUCUAUUCGUUCCCGUCACCCUGUCAAGUACGAGGACGGAUCGCCCGGCCCGGCGUACAACAUCCCGUCGUCGAUUGGCAAUGCGCCUGCGGCUUCGAUGCGGUCCCGUCAUCGCCAAAAGGAGUCCGACUCAUCGCCUGGCCCCAAGUACAUGGUCGACUCGGACAUCGGCAAGAACAAGGCGAAUGCACCAUCUAUCCGCUCCCGUCACCCUGUCAAGUACGAGGACGGAUCGCCCGGCCCGGCGUACAACAUCCCGUCGUCGAUUGGCAAUGCGCCUGCGGCUUCGAUGCGGUCCCGUCAUCGCCAAAAGGAGUCCGACUCAUCGCCUGGCCCCAAGUACAUGGUCGACUCGGACAUCGGCAAGAACAAGGCGAAUGCACCAUCUAUCCGCUCCCGUCACCCUGUCAAGUACGAGGACGGAUCGCCCGGCCCGGCGUACAACAUCCCAUCGUCGAUUGGCAAUGCGCCUGCGGCUUCGAUCCGGUCCCGUCAUCGCCAAAAGGAAAGCGAUUCGUCCCCCGGCCCCAAGUACAUGGUGGACUCGGACAUCGGCAAGAACAAGGCGAAUGCACCAUCUAUCCGUUCCCGUCACCCUGUCAAGUACGAGGACGGAUCACCCGGCCCGGCGUACAACAUCCCGUCAUCCAUCGGCAAUGCGCCCGCGGCUUCGAUGCGGUCCCGUCAUCGCCAAAAGGAGUCCGACUCAUCGCCCGGCCCCAAGUACAUGGUCGACUCGGACAUCGGCAAGAACCAGGCGAAUGCACCAUCUAUCCGUUCCCGUCAUCCAGAUCGUCGCGAGACUGUCGGCCCCGGCCCCGGUGCAUUUUACCCCAGCAAGCCAUCCAAUGCCCCAGCAUAUUCAUUUACCUCCAAGCGAUAUGCCGAGAUCGCCGACGCCGUCUUUCGCGGCGAGAUCCCGCUCGAGUAA